AUAUGCGCCACUUCUAUCCGUCAGCACAGACCAGGAUAUCUUGAAAGCAAAGGCCCAAAAGAUGGAAAAUGCCGGAAUACGCCCCAGGUGGAUUGACGUCGAUAAACUGAACAGAGAUUUCAAGGCCACUUUCCCCAGCGAUCGUUUUGCUGUCGCAGACGACUCGGGACUCGUGUUGAUAGCCAACAAAUGCGUCACGGCAGCUCAGACACUGGUCGAGAAAUACGGAGGGGUGGUUCUGGACGCCUGGCCGGUGAAGGAGAUUGUGACGGAGGACGAGAACUGGGUGAGAGUGGUUGGACCAAAGGGCGCGAUCAAAUGUCGUUCCCUGGUCCUGUGUCCCGGGCCGUGGGCUGACCAGGCCCUCUCUCCGCUAGGAAUACACCUUCCCCUAAAGACGUUCAAAACUGGAAUAUGGUACUACAAAUUGAAGGAGACGGCUAUCCCAAGGACUAACUUCAACGACCUGUUACCCAACCACUUCUUUUACUCGACGCCGGAGUUGGAGUACCCUGGUCUGAUCAAGUUCGGAAUUCACGAAGGCGUGGAGGUUAGUCCCGAGGAGAGAGAAAAGGCGGACCUGACUGAUUUGAAAGAGAAAGUGUCCGACUACCUGCAGACAUACUUCCCCCAAAUCGAGCCUGAACCGUCUAUUGAAGAAUCUUGCAUGUACACGAUGACGCCAGACGAAGACUUCAUCUUGGACUACCAUCCUCAACAUAAAAAUAUUGUGUAUGCUUGUGGAUUCUCAGGUAGAGGAUUCCAGAUAGCUCCUGCCAUAGGAGACAUGCUCGCGGCAAUGGUCCUCGGCCACGAUGACAUAUACGAUAGGACGCCUUUCCUGGCUUCGAGAUUCGACAAGAACCCUACUUCUCCUAAGGACUCGAAGAUGUAGGACUCUCUCUUUGGUCUAAUUCAUUUCAGAUCCGCGUAUGUUUUUUCUUUACUUAUUUCUAACUUUAAAAUUCAUCGAGUAACUGGUUCAAGUUUUCCCCCAAAAAUGCCUCUUCGCCCAUCAAGACAUUUGGUUAGCUGUUGUAGUUUUCUUUUAUUGUUUUAAACGUUUGUUUGUUUGUUUGUAUGGCGUUUUUACGUUGCAUGGAACCAGUGGUUAUUCAGCAACGGGACCAACGGCUUUUUACGUGACUUCCGAACCACGUCGUGAGUGAACUUCUAUCACCAGAAAUUCACACAUCUCUCACACCUCAAUGGAAUGCCCGGGAAUCGAACUCGCGGCCACCGAGGUGGUAAUUGUUUUAAACGAUACAAUUUUUUGUUAAUGAAAAUGUAGAGAUAAUGAGAUAUUUUUUCAUCGAUUCUAUUUAUGCAAAGGAAGUAUGAACUCAAGAGAUUGGAUGGCAUAGAAAAUGAAUAUAUAAAACUGAAGCCUCGUACUGGAAAAAAUAUGAAGACUAAAGUCAUGUUAAUAUCUAUAUGCAAUGUCUCUCUUAAACCGUUUGUUUAUGGAAGAUGCCCGUGAUAUCUUUAUCAGAAGACAUGACAAAAUACCUGUCAAAAUAUAGCGGCAUUCUGUCAGUCCUAACUGAAUAAUUUAGGCACAGAGAUUGUGUUUAUACACUCUGCUGGUGAAGUUUUUUCCUUGUCUAUAAGUUCUGAAGUCUCAAAGGAAUAAAUGUUACUACAGAUGGCGCUCUCACAUACUCAUUCAAAAAUCAAUAUUUUUUAUAGCUGAAGAAUUUUUUGUAUUUUUCUGCUGAUGAAAUAAAACAUAAGUCUUUUUUUUAUA